AUGGAGACCUUCACUUUCCUGAAUGAUAGUGAUUGCCUAUCGGCGGAUGACCAGUUCGGACCUCGUGUCAAGGCUCAGUGCCGCAACUUUGACUUUACCGUCGAAUUCGAACAAAGCAUUUUCUCCAUUCUACCCUCAUCGUUAUUCAUUUUAUGUGCUGCUGCUCGCAUUGUUCAUCUUUAUCAUGCAAGGUAUCGAGUCUCAGCGACGUCGCUUCGCUGGGUCAAGCAGUCACUCGGGGCGAUUCUGGGCAUCUUGCAGCUGUGUUUGCUUGUGUUAUCCAUUACACUGGGAAGUAACAGCCGGCCGAGUUCAAUUGCCUCCUUAUCCCUUUCUGUAGCAGAUGUACUUUUGAUAUGCGUGCUCUCUCACCUGGAACACACCAAAACCAUUCGUCCAUCUAGUCUCCUGCUCACCUACCUCUCUACAUCAGUCUUGCUUGAUGCAACAUCUCUUCGGACCCUCUGGCUACUCAAGUCUGAAAAGCUUGUACUUAAAAUUGUUUCGUCGUCGAGUCUUGCCGUAAAGCUGGCUUUGUUGACUGUCGAAUCUUCAAGGAAGGCAAAAUACUUCAUCAACAAGGAGGAUAAAACUCGGUCGCCGGAAGAAACUGGUGGGAUAUUCAGCAAUGGUCUUUUUUCUUGGCUUCUUCCAUUCCUUUGGACCGGCUUCAAGAAUGUCCUCACACUGAGUGAUCUUAACCAGUUGCCGAAAAGCUGUACUGUUACGAACAUGGAGUCACAAUUUACACAGAUCUUCGAAAAAGAGAAAGCACAUCGACACAGUCUUGUGAGGACAAUCCUUAAAUCCUUCUGGCACAGGCUGAUGUGCCCAGUUAUCCCGCGAUUGUGUGUUUUGACAUUCACCUUACUUCAACCAAUUCUAAUGCUCAAGCUUCUUCGGUGGCUGGAAGACACAUCAGCAGAAGAUCUCGGCUAUGGUAUAUUGGGUGGAUACGGCAUUAUUUACAUCGGUCUAGCAAUUGCAACUGGCGCCUACUGGCGCUUUCAGCUGCAAUUCAUCACCCUGCUUCGCGGUGUCCUCCUCUCUGCUGUCUUCCAAAAAACCCUUUCAAUCCAUCCAAUGGAUGCGAAAAAGACACCCGUGUCACUUGUCAGCACAGAUAUUGAAAUGGCAUGUACGGGGCUGGAUCAGCUGCACGAACUGUAUUCAAGUUUGCUUCAAAUUGGGAUCGGGACCUGGCUCCUGGAGCAGCAGGUAGGGGUAGCUUGUAUAGCUCCUAUGAUUGUCGCGGCUGUUUGUGCGGUGGCCACCUAUAAGAUAUCCCAGCGCGUUGGGAUAUGUCAGAAGGGAUGGCUAGAAAGUGUCCAGACACGUCUAAAUGCUACCACGUCAAUGUUAUCGAACAUGAAGAUCAUUCAGAUGUCCGGAUUAGGUAGACCUAUCUUCGAUAUGAUCUUCAAAUUUCGAGAUGCCGAGCUGGAUUCUGCCAAGAGCUAUCGAGGCUUACUUGUGUGGGUCAUGGGUUUAGCAUAUGCUCCAUCCGCGAUAUCUCCCGUUAUUACCCUGGUGAUCUAUGCUGCCACUCAACAUAAUAUUUGGGACAGUUCCAGUACUGCCAGAAUAUUCACAGCUUUGUCGCUAAUUGGCCUUGUCACAUCGCCUCUUGCGGCUGUUUUUCAACAAAUACCUGCUAUCAUCGCAGCUUUUAGCUGUCUAAAUCGGGUGGAGAACUUCCUCAAACAGCCAAAUAUGACGGAUCGGAAAGCCAUCAUGGACAGAGAAUCUGAGACACAGCUCACAAUGGGCCCAGAAAAACAACCAAUUGCUUUGAGUAUUCCCUUGGUGGAAUACCAAAGCAAUUCAAAGCCUCACUUUGCAUUCACAUCUCACAAUGCAACCUUUUCUUACCCAGGUUCUUCUUUCCCUACCCUCCAGAGCUUGACUAUCAAUAUCCCGUGGUCCAAGGUGACUUUGGUAAUGGGGCCGACCGGUAGUGGAAAGUCAGCUUUAGUGAAGGCAAUACUUGGUGAAUUGAAUAUUUCUCAAGGGGUCUCCACUAGAGGGUUCGAUUGCUGUGCUUACUGUGAUCAAACGCCGUGGAUCGGCAAUCAAUCUAUCCGAGCUAAUAUUGCCGGCCACCUCGAAGAUUAUCAAAAGAGAUUAUACGAUGAAACGGUUUGGGCUUGUGAAUUGGAACGUGACCUCGAGUCUAUGCUGGAGCAUGAUCUUACCAAUGUUGGAAGUGGUGGCGCUACACUGAGUGGAGGACAGAAGCAGAGGAUCUCUCUAGCACGGGCCGCAUAUUCUCAGCAAAAAGUUAUCAUACUGGAUGAUAGUUUCUGUGCCCUUGAUUCUCGAACCGAGCAAACCGUCGUUCGACGUCUCCUGGGCCCAAAUGGUUUGAUGAGAAGUAAUGACCAGACUGUGGUUAUUACUUCAAGCACAGACCGCUUGGUGCCUUAUGCCGACUUUUUAAUCAUUCUCGAUGAUAAUGGAGCCUUAAAAGCGCAUGGACCAAUGCGACAAAUGUCACAUCUGCUUCCUGAUAGUCUCAGCGCUGUCGAAGAAGAGAAAUUUGAACCUACAUUAGAGGGCACCUCCCCAUUGGAGCCUGUCGCAUCGAAAGAGCUAUCGACGCAAUCCAAGAGCAAUGACCUUGAAAUCUCUUCAGCGAAAGGAUCACCUUAUAGAUCGUAUUUCAAAUCUAUAGGUCUCUGCAAGGGAUUGACUCUGGGUGCACUACUCACUCUUCAGACCUUCUUCUCCAAAUUUCCGACUGUGUGGCUCCAGUGGUGGCUCGAUGGUAACUCGCAGGAGAUGGGACGGCUAUAUGCAAGGUAUAUCGGGAUAUACAGUGUCUUCCAAGCUCUGGGUUUGAGUUUUACGUUGGUUGCUGCGUUCCAGCAGUUUCGAGUCACUAUGCCCCACGCGAGUCGCUAUUUCCAUACGCGUCUCCUAAGCGCGGUGAUGUCUCUCCCCUUUCCCUGUUUCAGCAUAAUGAGCACAGGGUCCAUUGCAAACCGUUUCAGCCAAGAUUUACAGUUGGUUGACUGGACACUGCCUUUGACUUUUCUCAACGCGUCUGAGGGUGCAUUGGGGACACUGGCUCAAGUAUUAAUCAUUUCCAGUGCUUCUCCUUAUCUCCUCAUAGCGUUCCCGUUCAUAUUCGCCACCGUCAUUGCUGUCCAGCGGUUCUAUCUUCGCACAUCACGGCAACUACGUUCUAUGGAUAUUGAGGCUAAAUCUCCCCUCCUAAACCACUUUUUAGAAACUAUUGACGGCCUUCAGACGAUUCGUGCAUUUGGCUGGCAGCAUAGGACACAAGCAGUAUACCAAAGCCACCUCAGCGCAUCACAGCGACCAUACUACCAGCGCUUUAUGCUGCAACGCUGGCUUACCCUAGUACUGGACAUGAUUGCUGCGGGAUUGGCGGUCCUCGUUGUGGGUACUGCGAUCGCCCUACGCACGCGCUCAGCAUUGAUCGGCCUUGCCCUUGUAAAUGUGAUUUCGUUAAGUGAGAGUCUACAGCUCCUGGUACUUCAGUGGGCAGUCAUGGAAAUUUCUCUAGGAUCUAUAAGUCGGCUGGAGGCUUUUAAUCAUCAUGCUAUGGCUGCACAGUCGGAGGCUUCUUCCAAGGACUCCCUUACUACGCUGCCCCAGUCUCAAUCGUCCUGGCCCACACAGGGACACAUCGAGAUCACGCAUUUGACCGCUAGGUAUACGGCCGAUGGCCCUGCAGCUCUGCAAGACAUUUCUUUUACAAUCCCGCCUGGCGCAAAACUUGGCAUUUGUGGCCGCACGGGUAGUGGGAAGAGCACACUCUUGGCGACGCUAUUCGGCAUGGUGUCCGUCACAGACGGCACCGUGACAAUCGAUGGGCUGAACCUUGCUCAUCUGCAUCCAGAUACCCUACGCGCUGCGCUCAUUGGUAUUGCCCAAGAAAGCUACAUUGUCCCCGGGCUGACUGUGCGUGAAAACCUUCUGCUGGGGUGUCAGCGGCAGCAGCAGGAUCUGUGCGACGAUGAUAUCCAGCUCAUUGAUGCUCUGCAGACUGUACAGCUGUGGGACGCGAUCGAGGAACGUGGAGGGCUAUCUGCCGUGCUUGACGACCAAAGCCAGAGCUUAUCCGCAGGGCAGAGUCAACUAUUUGCAUGCGCGCGUGCCCUCCUUCGUACGGGCUCUGUUGUUGUCCUAGAUGAGCCGACGAGCCAUCUCACGGUGGAAACGACGAAGGUGGUCCGACGGGUCAUUACGGACAAUUUUCGGGAACGGACGGUGAUAGUUGUGAUGCAUGAUAUCCAAUCCAUUUUGGACUUGGAUCUUGUUGUGGUACUGGAGGAAGGUCGGGUCGUGCAGAUGGGCACACCAGAAGAGUUACGUGAACAAGACGGCAUAUUUGGGACAAUGCUGGAUUCUACGUGA